UGUCUCUUCCACGGUCACACUGCUACGCAGGCAAAACCAACAACAACGGGAUUAAGCGAAGAAAAUGUUUUAAAAACCUUAAAAACAGAGAAAAACUGAUACAAAUUAAACACAACUAGGAAUUAAAAGUAAUUUUGAACACAAGCAUGGCUUCCGCAACGGUAAGAAAUGUGCCGCUGCUCGACGAUGACACGAUACCUUUCGGCGAGGAGGACGAGAUGCGGGAUCCCAGUCGCGCGGGCCAGAAAUACACGCACCCGUACGUCACCUUCUUCCAUCUGUUCUUCAGGGGCGCCGCCAUCGUGAUCUACAUGUUUUGCGGCUGGUUCAGCGAAUCCUUCAUCACCAGCUUUGUCUUCGUGGUGCUCUUUCUGUCCGCCGACUUCUGGACUGUCAAAAAUAUCUCAGGAAGACUGCUAGUGGGUCUGCGCUGGUGGAACUACGUCGACGACGAUGGAGUGUCACACUGGGUGUUUGAGUCAAAGAACUCUGAAUCCUACCAGAGUCGGAUCAACAAGCACGAGCAGCGUGUCUUCUGGCUGGGACUCAUCCUCUGUCCCGUCUUCUGGAGCCUUUUCUUCCUGUUGGCCCUGUUUGGUCUCAAGUUUAAGUGGCUGCUACUGGUAAUGAUUGCAAUCGCGCUUAAUGCAGCCAAUCUGUAUGGCUACAUUAAGUGCAACUAUGGCGCCAGCAAGGAUCUGAACUCCGCCGCCACGGACUUUGUGAAGACACAACUCUUCAAAAACGCCAUGGACAUCAUGACCAAGCCCAGUGCCGCGCAGCCGCCAACCAAUGUGCGACCCACGGGAGUCGUUUGAGCUGAGCGAACUCUCAUGUACUAAGUCACCUUGCCACCGUCUGCUGCAGCGCAUUCCAAAGAGUACUUGACGCUUCUUCUGGCCCGGACCACGAACUUUCAACGGCAUCGCUGUCUGUGUGUAAAAUAUGUAAAAGUUAAUUUAGCCAUACUGCAAUUUAUCAUAAUCAUUUCUUACUUUUACUUGGAUUAAAGGACCGCAUGUGUGUGUGACAUGCAACCUUAA